GCACAAACCCAAUUUCGACAUUACAACCUUUUCUUGGUGGGAGACCAAAAAUAAAGCGGAACACGUUACGAAAAUGACCGAUGGACCUCCAUUGAUGCUUAAUCGAGCGUUCUUCGAAAGGAAAGAAAAUUUUCUGAAGAUUCUCCAAUUGAUUUUUGGUUUCAUCAACCUCUCCGCCAACUAUUGGUGCUACCCAAACCAACACUUCCUUUAUUGCGGCGAAAGGUACUUCACCUCCUCUCAAGUGUUUCAACUGAUCGUUUUCAAUGGGUUCUGCCUUUUUCUUACAUUGUCUUUAGUUGUGGCAAAUGUGACUGGUGCUUAUGACGCAUUUUACAAGACAAACCCAUAUGUAUUAGAGCGAUAUUUGGUGUUCCUUCAGACGUUUCUAUACACGGUUGCUUAUGUUACACUGAUAGUGGACUACGAAAAUAAUCCAUAUGCAAAAGCAUUUGCAAUUCCGCUGAUCUCUACAACGUUUACUUUGCUUGCUUACAUCAUCGACUCGAUAAUGCAACUUCGUCGUAAAAAUUCAUUUUCUCAGUGAUCUCUAUCUAAGUUCCUAAUGUUCCUCCCCAUUUUUCUUGCCCACAUGGUAUCAUGAAUUUCGUUUUCCGAAAUUCUGUAAACUCUGAAAAACAAAUCAAAACCAAACCCCUAAAUUAAUACUCGGUUGUGAUGGUUUCUUGUUGAGACUGUGUUGUGAAUUGUCUUUUGUAUUUAUUAAUUUAUGUAAAGCACUAAAGCAAAUUUUA